AUGAAGUCCUACACGACCUUGUCAGCGCUCCUUGUUGCAGCAUCAUCCAUGCAACUUUGCGCAGCCUAUGGAUCAACCUAUACCUUCCAAGGCUUCUCCGGAAACACGUGUGAUGGAGACGCUGGGAACGUGGUUGAUUUUCCAGAUCCAUCUGGCGAUACAAAAUACAUCGAUUUCACAAAUCGCCAUUCAUUCCGGGUUACUCUAAGUAACGGCAACUAUGGAGGAGAAUAUUUGGCCUAUGCUACAGCAUGCGUAACUGAGGACUGCAAAGAUGGGCUUACAGAUUACGUGUGGGAAAUCGAUGAGGCUGGCUGUUCCAACGUCAACACCGGAGGCGCAGUCAAUGGAUUUGCUCUCUUUACUACCUAUGGUGGGAUUUAG